AUUCUUCAGUCCCCAACACCCAAUAUCCCAUUUCUUAUUAUUUCUCUGUCUCUCUCUCAAAUUUCUUGCAUUUUAAGAAGAAAACAAGAGACUUUUUUUUUCCUUUAUUCACCUUUCUAAAUAUUUUGCCUAGUUAUUUAAAAUUAAGCUAUGGGAGAAGAAAGGAAGGUGUCUGGUGGUGGAGGAAGUCUGAAUGGAUUUUCUCCAGUCUAUUCAGCUCCUCUUCUCUGGAAAUCCAGAAAACGAUCUACUGCCAACACGGAAAAGAACACAAACGAGGCAUUAGACAAACCGAGCACUGAUCAAGAGAAGCUAGAACUUGCAAAAAACAUAUCUAUAAUUUCCGAAAAGCGUAAGGCUCUUUUCGAGCCAGUCAAUAGCAUGAAUGGUAAACGCCCUUCAGCUGAAUCUCUAAUCCCACCUCCGGAUUUCGAGCCCUCAAGCUACCCUAAAGGUUGGCUGAUCGGGAAGAAGCGGAAGCUCGUCAAUGUGGAUGUUGUCGAGAGCAUGCGGAGGAUAGCCGUUCAAGAAAUGAACCGGAAGGAUAGAGAGAUUGAUGGGCUUAACGAGCAAUUAGAAGAGGACUCACGUUGCCUAGAGCACCUUCAGCUGCAGCUUUUAGAUGAAAGGACCAAACGAGCUGAUGUGGAGAGACAGAAUGCAAUGCUUCAGAACCAGAUAACAAUGCUUAUGGACAUGCUAGAAGAGAAUGAACCAGUGGAUGAACAUAGGAAUUGAAAUUCUGUUGUUUGUAUGUUAAUAAUCCUUACAUAUGCUUAUCUAUCCUUUAUGUAUAUAUUCUGGUAUAUAUAGCUGUAGGGACUAGAUAUGAAAGGUUUGUGACUUGUAUCAGCUGCAAUUGCAUACCUGUGUUUGUUUGUGUUUUUUAUUUAUUAUUUUACUUUGAAUUUUUCACUCUUUUCUUGUGUUUGUGUUUUACCUGAAAGCUGGUACAAAUUAGAACUGAGAUUUGUAGCUUGUAUAAUUUUUUUCUAACUGAAUGUGGCAAAGAUUAGUCAGG